AUGUGUUGCACAGAAACUAUAACAAGAAUUUUAGUGUUUGUAGCAAAUUUUGCCUUUCUACUUGUUGGUGUAGCACUUUUGUCAGUUGGAAUUCUUUAUACCAUCCACUUUACCCACUAUACAGAAGCUAUUCCAGACCAAUAUCAGGCUAUCCAAUAUGUACCAACUUUAGCCAUUGUAGUAGGAAGCAUAAUAUUUUUUAUAGCUUUCUUAGGAUGUUGUGGAACAAUAAGAAGCAGCCCAUGCAUGCUUACGACGUAUGCAAGCAUUCUGUUUGUAAUAUUUCUGCUUCAAGUAGCUUUGGGUGUUUUUGGUUUAUUGCAAAUUAAAAACAGCAGCGAAUUAAAAGUGCAAGUCAGUCAAAGUAUAAACAGAUUGUUUGCUAAAUACAACCAAACCACAGAUUAUACAGGAGUUAUUGAUUUAAUUCAGCAAAAUUUGAAAUGUUGUGGUUCUACGGGUUCUACUUCCUGGACAACUGGAGUUCCUGGAAGCUGCUAUGAUGAAGACAAGAAUUUAUAUGCACAAGGAUGUUCUGAUGCUAUGUAUAGUUUUAUUAACGGAUCUGUAAGGUUAAUUGCCAUUGUGGCAUUGACUAUUUCGCUUGUUGAAAUUGUGGGCGCUAUUUUGGCAUUAUGUUUGUCUAACUGUAUACGAGCCAACAGCAGAAGAUCCGGUUACUAUUAA